AUGUCAAGAAAGAGAGAAAGAGCAAGCGCAAGAACAAAGAGCAAACGAAAAGGAAAGGAAAGGAACCUAGGGAGCACGCCACGCGACGACACGACGCCGAUCGCCUCGCCGCACGCGCUACCAACUACCCUACUACCUAGUUGUUAUGAGCACAAACGCACGCGGCUAUCAAGGCAUAGGCAAGGCAUAGGCAUAUGUCUGCAUGGACCGGUGCUCGAGCCCCAGGGCUGUGCCGUGGGGCUUGAGGGCUAUGACUACUGCGUAGGUCACAGCGGCGGAAGAGGUGAUUGUCUGGCCCUGACCCUGACCCUGACUCUGGGCGCUAGGCGCUGGGUGGUGGGUGGUGCGCGUGCGGUGCGGUGCGGUGCGUGGGUACGUGCAGCGUGCCUACCACGUUGGGGACCUGUGCGUUUGCGUGUCGUUCGUGGGGUGUGGAUGGGUGUGCGUGAGUACAGAAGAAGAGGAAGAAGAGGAAGAAGAGGAAGAAGAGGAAGAAGAAGAAGUUGUGGCAUGCGGGUUGCUGGUGGCGAGAUGGGUGAUGAUGACGAUGACGAUGAUGAUGAUGGUGAUGAUGAUGAUGAUGAUGAUGAUGAUGAUGAUGAUGAGAGGCGGAAUGAAUGCAUGGACUUGUAA